AUGGGGAUGACAAAAGCAUGUUCAAGAUUUAUUGUGGACUUUUUACAAGCAUUCAAAUACUCACCACCAAGCUCAAUGCCACACCUUGAACACAAUCCUCAUCCUAUAUGCGAGCCCAAGAAUAUGCUCAAACUUGAUGACAAGAUGGUUCGUGCUCUUGUUACUGUCUUUGGCAUGGAAACCAAUGGAAGAAUCAAGAAAGAAAGUGCUAGGCAUGUGGUGGAGAAGCUUGGUUUGAUGCAUUGUUCUGAGAAGGACAAGCCCUCAGUAUUUGAGCUACACGGUGAGGGUGGCUUACAGGAAGAUGAAGUGCCUGUAGAAGAGAUGCUUGGUGAGUUGGAGGACAUGUCAAAGCGCAGCGAGCUAUUACGUGAAGCCUUCAAAAUCUUUGAUGAGGAUGGGGAUGGAUACAUUGAUGCAAUGGAGUUGAAGAGGGUGCUUGAUUGCUUGGGUUUGGGCAAAGGUUGGGAUAUGAGUACAAUUGAGAAGAUGGUUAAGGUUGUAGAUUUGAACUUUGAUGGCAAAGUUGAUUUUGGUGAGUUUGAGUUGAUGAUGGGAUAG